AUUGAACUUUUCGUCUCAAAGUAAUCAACACUCUAUACAAUCUUAUCACUUAGAGUAAAUAGAGUACUUUUGUAGGACAAAUCAUAUUGCAGAUUACAAUUUUCUAGAAGUCAUUGUAUAAUAUCGAGGAUUUGAAUUGAAUUGUCAUCAUUACAAAUCAUGAAUGGAAUAAGAGUGGAAAGCUUUGGAGAACCAUCAGUCCUAAAAUAUGUCAAAGAUUUAAAGAAACCGGCACCUUCGGGAAAGCAAAUUCUUAUUCGUAUGAAGGCAGCUGGUGUUAAUCCGCUUGAAACAUACAUAAGAUCAGGAGGCUUCCCUUCUCUACCUAAACUACCCUACACACCAGGUACUGAUGGUGCAGGUAUUAUCGAAGAUAUUGGCAGGGAGGUUACCAAAUUUAAGAAAGGCGAUAGGGUCUACACCACAAAUUCCAUUACUGGAACCUAUGCAGAAUAUAGUUUAGUAGAAGAAGCCGACGUCCACCUACUUCAUAAAAACUUGUCCUUUGCUGAUGGCGCUAGUCUUUUUAUACCAUAUUACACUGCUUUUAGAGCUGUUUUUACUAAAGGCAUGGGUAUAGCAGGAAAACAUAUACUUGUUCAUGGGGCUAGCGGAGCUGUAGGAAUUGCUGUUUGUCAAAUGGCUGCGGCAGGAGGCUUAAUCGUUGUUGGAACAGCUGGAACUGAUGAAGGUAUCGAUAUGGUAAAAAAAAAUGGUGCAUCUCACUGCUUCAAUCAUAGAAAAGCUGGUUAUAUAGAUCAAGCAGUGGCUAUUACUGGAGGAAAAGGUUUCGAUAUUAUUGUAGAGAUGUUAGCUAAUACCAAUUUAAAUGCUGAUUUGAGUGUGGCUGCACGAAAGGGAAAAGUUUUGAUUAUUGGAUGUCGAGGCACUGUUGACAACUUUGAUCCAUUCCCUAUGAUGCUAAAGGAGAUUCAAGUAGAAGGAAUUCUUGUUUUUGGAGCAACUUCGAAACAAAUGGUGGAAUGUGCAGACUUCCUAUAUUCAGGAAUGGAAAAAGGGUGGCUUAAACCUGUCAUAGAUGUCCCGUAUGAUCUUAGUGAUGCAGAAGAAGCACACAAAGAAGUUAUAGAUCACAAAAAGGGAACAAAUGGAAAAAUCGUUCUAAAUAUCAAAUGA